AUGUUCCAGCAAAUUCUAAAAUUAAUAUUUGAAUUUAGUCACACAAAUGAAUACUAUCCAAAACGUUUCAUUACAAAUAACUCUGAAAUUCAUCCUGAACCAAUCAAUAACGAUGAUGUAUUAGAUGAAAAAUAUUCAAAUUUGGGCGUUUCUUCGAUUCACCAGUGUCCCAUUGAAUGUUUUAUUGAAAAUGAUACACAAGAGCUGGUGAAUUGUAUAUCGAAAGAAUUCGAUACAACACCAUCAAAGCAACCGAUUAUCCCAUGUGAAAGAAAUAUCGAAACAGGUGAACUUAUUCUAGGACAUAAAGAAUCUGUUCGUGGAAUGAUACCCGGUGCAUUAGGUCAUUUAAUAGAAGCAUCUUCGCGGUCUGGCCAACCAUUAUCCAGGAGUGGCCAGCUAGAACUGCAUAUAAACUUAAAUAUGGUCCGAUUAGACGCUAAGUGUUUUCAAGGCUUGGGUGGGUUGGUCACAGAUGUCCGUUUGCUGAACACAGUUUAUAUGCAUCCAGAUAGCCUGAUUGACCUACAGCACUUGAGAUCAUUUGAAAUAGAAAGUGGUCAAACACCAUUGUAUCUACCUGAUGAUAAUGUGAAAAGCAAUGUCCAACCGGAAGAAGAGGAUAGUGUGAGGGAAGAUUCCCAUAAACCCGCAUUUAUUCGUUUGCACCCUCUGGAUAUUACUGUACCGAUCAGUUUUAAUUUAAACACAAAAUGUCACCAAUGUGUACAGAACGACGAAAGCAGUGUAAAUGGGAGUAUUACAAAAGCAGUAGACAAUUUGAUUGUCAUAGUAUUUACAAGUAAACGCGAAUUAUCUUCAAAUGCACAGCUAACUUCACCCAAAUUAAGCAUGAUAUUUCCAUACACGUGUCCGUUGAUUAAAGAUGGUAUCGGCUGUCCGGGAGAACGGUCCAACCAAGAUACAGUCAGUCAAGACGAAAUAAAGGAAAUUACGGGUGACGAGUCACCAUCAGAAACUGUCCCAAACAUUCCAGUCAUAGAACAACUGAAAACAAUGACGUUUAUUCAGUCAGAGACAGAAGAUGAGGAUGCUGAUGAAGAAGAUGAAGAAGGAGUAGAUGAGGAAGUAAGCUCAAAUUCAAUAUCCAGUGGAUUCUUUAGCCAUCGUAAGUCAAGUUUAUCAAAGGAAAAGAGUGAACUACUCUCACAUAUCAGUUGUAAUACAACAAAUCCUAUUAAUAAUGUUAAAGCCUUGGCGAUCACCACUACUAACACAAUUACGGAAAAUCAUCAGAUGAAUGAUACGCAUAGUUCAUGGAGUAGUCUACGUAUUACAACGAAUCCCUCGAUUAUUUACGGUGGUGCGGCGUGCAGAUGCAGUGUGAUAAGUUUAAAAGAUCAUAAAUCAAUAAACUCGAACAACUUCAACGCUUUGUAUAGUUUAAUGCAAUCAAACAAUGCUAAAAGUUAUUAUCAGCCUUCAGAUGGUAAACAUCAUCACCCAAAGUAUUAUUCAGUCAGGAAAUCUCACAUGUCUAAGCGACGCAGCAUUGGUAGUCAAACAGAUUUCACAGACAUUGAAUCAGAUAAUCCAGAAUCGUAUUGUACACUGGACAGAUAUAUUAUGCAAAAGAAUAAACGAUACCCGUACGGUAAUCAGAAAAGUAACCACAAUAUCAAUGAUAAUUAUCUAACCAAUCGUACGACAAGUACACAAUUACUGCCCUAUUUUCGUAAUAAUACUUUAAAUCAGAUGGAUGGUAUAGUCAUUACAAAUCAUAGCAAUAUUACUAUGAACAAUACUAAUGUCAACAAUAAUAGUGAUUUUCAUAGUAUCAGUGAUGAUAAAAAGUCGAGUAAUUCUGACUUACUGAUUUUAAUGAUUGAUGGUAAGCCAAAACCAAUACGCAAUCUACCUCCAACAAAUCAAACCUACAAGUUUUCAACAUCAUUCCAUUUGGAAGAUGUACACCCAUAUACACAUACAAAUAUGUAUUCUAUCAAGUGA